AGUUCUUCGACAGGGCAAGUUGAACAUGUUUAAAUGGACAUGGUCACGUGUAAAGAUGAUGUGAUGUGAUUAGUGUUGAAAAUUUCUCGUAAUUCGUGUUAAUUUUAACUUAUUAGUUUAAAACUUAAACGUUUGAGUCUUCUUUUAAUAUCUACUAAUCAUUUAAUUACAAAAUGCUUAAGAUAGAAAAGCUGUAUACAAAGUGAUUACUGAAGAGCGUAGAACAUCUUGAAAAAAUACCAUACUUUUGUGUGAAUAAUCCAGAAUCUCUCAAUAUAAUUUUACAAUGAAGAAAAACUGAUUCUAUAGAUAAAAAAACUUUGUUCUUCGAAUUUGUGAAAGCUCUGUGAUGUCGUGGAAAAUUGUAUAAGUUUAUGUAGUUUUGUAAAUGAAAAUAAAGGAAUGUUUUGUAGAAAGUGAUUGAUAAUUUAAAUAUAAAAUGGUUGUAAACUCCAAUGAUAACAGCGUGCAUUUGGACGACGUUCUAAAAACGUUUGGUCCGUUUAACCGUUACAAUAUCCGGGCCAUACUGUUGAUCAGUUUUGCGUUCUUCAACAAUUGUAUGCAUUGUAUUAACUAUAUCAUAGUCGCAGAGGAGACGCCGUACAGAUGUAAAAUAGACAAAUGCGAGACACAAAGCGAUGUGUUUCGGCCCUCGUGGUACAAUGUCGCGGCGCCACAGAACUCCAGAGGUUGUGAUAGAUAUGCUUCAGUCAACAACGACUGCUCGGAUUUCGGCUUCAAUACCUCACUCGUACAAACUUGUGAUGAAUGGAUUUACAAAAGAGAUGACAGUUUUGUUGCUGAGUUUAAUUUGGCAUGCCAGGAUUGGAAACGCACUUUCGUUGGCACCAUUCACAGCAUCGGGUUGAUGAGCGGACUCUUCCUACAAGGACAGCUUUCUGACAAAAUUGGUCGUAAAGCUGCAAUUAUUAUAGCUGGAUUGGCAGCCGUUGUUUUUGGAUUUGCUAAAAGUUAUGCGACGUCGUAUACAGCUUUUAUAAUACUUGAGUGGUUCGAAGCUACAUUCGGUGAUAAUUGUUCACCAGCUUAUAUAAUGGGAGUGGAACUAAUGCAUGGCGACUACAGACUCCAUCAGCAAAUAUUUUUUUGCGUCGUCGCCGCUCUGGGCGGUGUCGCGUUCGCGGCGGCAGCUUACUUAGUUCCGUACUGGAGACACUUCGUCCGGGUGAUUUAUGCGCCGUCGCUCGCUUUCGUAUUAUACUACUUCAUCAUGGACGAGAGCGUGCGAUGGUUGCUGAGCAAAGGCAAAAGGAAAGAUGCAACCAAUUUACUAUUAAAAAUGGCGAAAGUAAACAAAAUUGUGUUGGAUGAGAAAACGCUCGUCAAUAUAAAAAGUGAAGAAAACGGGGCCCAGAGUUCCGCCCUGAGGGAGACCUUCCGAUCGAGAAUAGUGAUCAAAAGAUUUUUGAUAUGCUUAAUAUGGUGGACGUCUUGUACGUUCAUUUCCUUUGGUUUGAUUGUGAAUGUUGGGAUUUUAGCUGGAAAUAAAUAUUUGAAUAUCGGAAUAAUGUCUUUGUCCGAUAUACCGGCGAGUAUCGCUAUGGUGUUCAUAUUGAAACGUUAUAAAAGGAAAAAACCUUUACUUAUAUCAUUUAUAUCGGCUGGUUUACUGUGCCUCAUUCAGCCAUUUGUGCCUAAACAAUACAUAUGGAUGUCUACGGGCGUCUAUUUCCUUGGAAGAUUUGUAUCGACGUUCACGUUUGCCACAGUUUACAUUUACACGUCGGAAUUAUUUCCCACGUAUUCCAGAAAUUCCAUGCACGCCUUGUGCUCCGCUAUUGGCAGGAUUGGAUCCAUUCUAGCACCUAUGACGCCACUAUUGACUCAGUAUAUGGAGAGUUUACCAACAUUUCUGUUCGGUGGCAUCUCGGUGGUGGCUGGUCUGACCACAAUGCUGGUACCAGACCUCGCCAACGAGCCAUUGCCAGACAACGUCCAACAAGCCGAGAACAUUGGCAACUAUCAACUCACUAAUAUUACCAAUGAAGACGAUGAAAACAACAAAAAAGUAUAGACAAUAUAAUUACUAAUAUACAACGCUAUUUUAUUUCAUACUAGCGGACGCCCGCGACUUCGUCUGCGUGAAACUCGAUGUAAACUUUCAACUAUCCCUAC